AUUACAAAAAAAAACAUAACAAGCAUGGACCCUCGGAACUUGACACACGAUUGUCUCAUCCAUAUAUUUUCAUUUCUGACCGAAGGAGAUCUAAUAAAGGCAUCGAGCGUAUGUAAGGACUGGCAUGAGGUUGCCGAAACUCAGUGGUUAUGGAGGAGGAUGUGCUUGCAGCGGUGGGGCUUUUGUAGCCAGGCUGUGUUGGCGAGCCCUGUCGUGAAUAACUCAUGGAAGACAUACUUCCUGCGCCGAUCCCAUUUGGAGACAAAGAUGAAGGAAGGGAGAACUGGGGACUACACCUGCAGAAGUCUCCGAGGCCACACAGGGCAAAUAGUGGGCUUGGUCUACCUCGAAAAGAGCUCACCACUAAAUCCUGAGCUGUGGCACAUCCCGGACACAGUCUGCAGUGCUUCUACUGAUGGUACAGUCCGGGCAUGGAAUAUCCAGAAUGGUCAACUCAUGUGGUGCAGUGCUAAGCAGGGUCCUUUAUCAAGCAUCAUAAGUGAUGAGCAACAUGACUUUGUCAUCACAGCAGACUCCACCGGCUUGAUCAAGGUCUGGCAAGGUCAGACUGGCAAAGAGGUGGCGUCUAAUUCUGCUGCAUCCACGCACUGUACAUUGCUACAGUAUAAUAAGGACAAUGAUUGGUUUCUCUCUAUUGGAAAGAGUCUGGGUUCACUGUGCACUUUAGCUGGAACAGCUCUGACUGAAAGAUCCAGUAUAAUGAUAUGUGACAGCUUUAAAGUCAACAUACUACUGGUUUCUCCUGACAAGAAAUGGAUCAUAGCUGGCUCCAAGGACAAUGUUGAUUUAAGUCCGAAGGUGAUUUAUACAGAUAGCUUGACCUCGCCGUGUGAGGACGAAGAACCACUGUGCCAGUUUGUGCCGGUCACAGGGUGCCAGGCGGCAGUCUUCAUCCCCACGCAGUCUGCCAGACUGGCCAUGGUCCACUGCAAUGAGCGCAGCAACAACAAAGCACUCACUGUCUUCAAUGUCAGCAUUAAAAAGUCAAAGUACACGUCCCAGAUCCAAGUCCAACAGGUCGAGUCCUUUUCCUUGCCCAUGGGGGCAUCCUCAAACAUUCUUCUUGAGGCUAAAGACAGCAACUCCAUUGUGAUGGCCGUUGAUAAGCAGCUCUGGAUGUACUCUAUGAAAGGUUCCUUACUUGCGAGCUUUACUGAGCAUAUGAUGCCAAUCACUUCAAUGUGUGUGGACAGCUUUCGUGUGGUAACGGCAUCUCAGGACCUUUCCUUGCACGUGUUUGCUUGGAAACAUGACAGGGAUCGUGGGUUGGUCUUGGAAAGUCGAUACUCAUUACUGGGAGGGUCUCACACUAUGUCCAGAGGUUUCAGCCUCGUCUCCUGUGACUUCUCCAGCAUUGUUGGUUCAGUCCAAGGGAAAGAUGGCAGAGAUGUUUUAAAAGCUUAUACAUUCACCUCCUGA